AUGAAACCACUGAAUUUAUUUAAUUCUAAUUCUUUCCCUUCUUUUGAAUCGGUCAACAAUAACCACCAUUGGGAUCUUUUGGCAUCAUCUUUCUAUCAUACUCUAUACAACUCACUUCCUUUUCGACUUUUGGUGUUAGGCAAUCAAAAUUUGUCUACCAAUUAUUACGUUUAUUAUUUUUCUCCCAUUUACACAAAUCUUAAACAAUACUCUAUAACUAAUUUGUUGCUCGCUUAUACUUUACCUUUUCUUUACAUCUUUUCUCCAACUUUGAUCGUGCCAGCAAUAUUCGUCAGGUCAUUGCAGUUUUUUGCUUCAAAGACAAUAGCAAUUGGCUCAUCCUCUUCUUCUUCACAAAGAAGUGACGGAGGAGAGGGUGGCAGUGAUAAUUUAACUUCGGUACAAGACAUUGAGUAUUGGUUGCAAAGAUGUUCAAUAUGUUUUGAUGCUCAACUUGAUUUCUGUUUGGAUCUUUGUAGAGAUCAGUUUUGUAAAGAUUGUUUCCAAAGAUAUGUUAAGGAGGUAGUUCAAAAUUCUUGGGGACUUAAUAUCACUAAAAUUAAAUGUCCUGUUUGCCAAGAUGUAAUAUCUCAAUCAGAGUGGAGCAAGUAUGUUGAUCAAAACACAAUUGAUUUGUAUAAUACAUACAAUAGACCAUACAGAUCGUAUUCACGUUGUUGUAAUGAAUGUGGUGAAGAAAUUUUUGCUGCAAAAGUUUUCCAAACUUAUGGUGUAAAUAAUAAUAAACCUCUUAAAGGGAAAAGCAUUGCUAAUUCUCAAUUUGCAACAAUAAAUAAUAUCAGUGAUGUUGACAUGUUUAUCGCAAGAUUUGAGAAAGAUUACUUGACUUUUAUUUCAAAUGAUAAUCCUGGUGUGGGAGUUUUUGAAAUAUAUCAAUAUGUUGCAAAAAAAAUUGGCGAUUGUCUUGGUUUAAGUUUCGGAAUGAAUAAUCGAAGAUCAACAACAAAAUUUACCCGUAGUAAAUUAAAGAUCCAUUCUGAUAUGGUAAAAUCAGCGGCUGAAAUCUCUUCAAAAAUCGUAGCUUUGGAAAUUAGACCUGAAUCUUGGAAAGAAUUACAAUUUAUGCAUGUUGCCAAUUUUCCUCAGUCGCGUUGCACCAAGUGUUACAAUGAUAUUUGUCUUCAAUGUGGUGAAUCUACUCAUCAUCCAGGAAUGACAUGUAUUCAAUUUAUGCGUUACAAAGUAGCGAACCCUCAUCUAUUUAUUAUGAAUAAUUCAAAAACUCAAGCUACGUAUCAUAAUAAUAUAAACAACAACACUGUAGAUGCUUUGGAAAUUAUUAAAUGGAAACUUGAAAAUUCUAAAUCUUGUCCAAACUGUUCAAUAUUAAUUAAUCGUGAUGAUGGCUGCAAUAAAGUUGAUUGUUUACAUUGUGGAUAUAGAUUUUGUUGGGUUUGUAGAGAUGGAUGGUCGGAAAAAUGUGAAUAUAUAGUAAUUCAAUAUCCCGAACGAUUGAGGCUUAGAGAUGGUCAUGAUGCAGAAUUUUAUGAAUACGACCAAUCCCAAUAUUUGAUUUUUUUUAUCACUUUGGUGGGUUCAGGUGCCAUAUACAAGAUGAAAUCAAAUGGUCGAACAAAAGACCCAAUUCUUGAUGUGGCUUGUGAAGAUCCCGAAACCUUCUUUAAUGACGGUUACAUUGAUAACGAGUACACUGAUGACGAGUCUAAUACAUCACCCAUUGAGUUAGAUUUGAGAAAAUUCAAAGAAGCUUACUUGGCUAUGGACCCUGAAAACUGGGC